AUGGGUUGUUCUUCAUCAAAAAGCAAGGCCAGAGUAGCAGCUGAUGAACAAGGAGAUUAUGAUAAAGCUGUUCUAGCAUUAAAGGUCAAUCGUGAUCGUCUAAAGAAAUACCAAUUACGCUUAGAAGCAGAUAAUGAAAAACAAAUUCAAGUUGCAAAGCAAUUAGCUAAAGAAGGCAAACUUGAUCGUGCUAAGCUUGCUCUAAGAACCAAGAAGGCACGUGAAGCAAUGAUUGUUAAGACAGAUGGAAUGCUAACACAACUUCAAGAGCAACUCAAUCAUCUUGAGAAUGCAAAGAUGAUCAAAGAAUUUGCUAAGAACUUAGAAAUGACUAAUUCUGUUCUUAAGACAAUGAAUGAACAACUUACUCCAGAAAUGGUUGAAAAGUUAAUGGAUGAAAACCAAGAAGAGACAGAAAAAGUUAACGAAAUUACAGAUUUACUUAGUCAGAAUAUGACUCCAGAACUAGAUGCUGAAGCAGAAGAAGAAUACGAAAGAAUGCUCCAAGAAAUGGAAAAUGGAGAAGAAAAACAGCAAAAUGAGCCAGAAGCAGAAGAACAGGAAGAAGCAAAACCAGAAAAAGUUGCUGUUGCUGCUUAA